ACGCUUGUAAAUGUUACGAUUAUAACCGCCGGUGUAUUAUCAGUUAAUGUUUCCACGCAGGCGUGAAAUUAACUUGAAGACAUCAUCUUGUACAAGUGUUGUAACCUCUUCACACCUGGAUGGGGACGACAGCUCAGUGACUAAUCCCUCCGCGAUCCAUCUCAUGACAUGGAAGCGUGAUAUCCUGAUGACGGCCGCUCAAAAAUCCCAUCAAAAGCUCAUUUCCUUUUAUGGGCAAAUCCUCGCAUGCAUCAUCCGCCUCGGAGGAGUUUGACGGCCCUGGGUUUGGGCGGUAGGUGGCCACGAAGUUUCCGAGUCGAGUUCAAGUCCCCCUAAUGGGGUGUGUUUGUAGCCACGCAGGUACACAGGGGCGUGACCGCUGAACUCUUCGGCCGCGGAUGUCAGCUCCUGUUCCCCGCGCCUCUUUGUAACCGAACUGUCUGGCCAGAGUAUUUGUAGGGGGGGGAAUUUCCCCAUCAAUAGCAACGAGUACAGACAACUCCGCCCCUGGGCUUAGCCGGGCUCACGUCACACACCUGGGUGACGUCAUGCAACCAUGGCGCAUGUGUAGAGUAAAAUAAUAUUAAAUUAACUCCUGCCAUCUAUAUAUACACACACGGUAGAGUGGGUCCACCUCGCUUCCGCCCGUGGGAUUCGCGCCCGUCCUCCGUGCCGUGGGAGUGAGCGAGGCCCGCGAUGGGGACGAUGGUGAUGAUGGUGGCGGUGGUGAUGGUGAUGGGCGCGUGGUCCUCUGGGGCAGUACCUACGGCGCGCUGGCCAGUGGUCCCAGUCUGGCACAUACUGGAGAUGCGCAAAGAGCUCACGCUGCACCUGUGGCCACGCAAGGAGGCUCCCCCCGGGGACCGGUGCCAGGUGUGCAGGGUGAACCCCAACCUGAACCCUAACCUGAACCCCAACCUGAACCCCAACCUGACGGCGAACUGCACUUACAACUCAACCGACCUGCACGUCAACCCCAGCGCCAGCAUUCACGUGGGGUUCACGUGCCUCGAACCGGAGAAGCAUUUUGCCAUGAACGCCUCGCUCAAGUACCUGUUCAACCUCAAGCAUCUGGGCCAGGUUUCCAUGCGGGUCCCCACGCUGCCCAGGACCUUCCCGCUGUCGCUGGUGGAAGUGAAGUGGAAGCUGAUGCUGUCCGCCAAGGGCGAGGAAGGCUCCCUGGAGAUCCUAUUCCCGACCCCUCGCCCCUCGACCAUCAAACCGCCCAGCCAAAGGCCGCCGGGCGUUGCGGGCGUCUCGAACCGGGCGGGGCCCUGCGACGAGGGGGAGCUGCACAUCUUCACGAGCGACUGGGUGGCGCAAGUCAUGACGGUCGGCUCCUUCUGCCAGCACGGGGCUGGCAAGGAGGGCGGCCUCCAGAAACUGCUGUCGAGAAACGGCACGUCUGUUCGGCUCCUGUUACCGCCCAAGUCUCGUGCCAAGCGCUCGCCCUAUUCCUCCGCCGUGGAGUUCAGCGUAUCCUACCUGGCCCAAGAGAUUCAAGAUCAAUACAUUGUAUUUUACGAGCUCGGACGCAAUGGCUCGGAGGUGGUGCAGAGCGCGGGCUGGCCCCACGGCGUGCCGGACCUCAUGUCGGGCAGCUGGCUGGUGAGCACGGCGGCGGUAAAAUCCAGGAGCAUUCCCGACUACGCCACCAGGGUCACGUUCCUCAACGCGAGCGCGCCCAAGUGCCGGCAGGGCCACGUCACCAUGGUCGUGGAGCCCUUCACUUCUGCCCAGCCGCGCCACUCCCUCAACGAGGGAAAGUCGUGGCGAGAGGACGACGCAUGGCCCCAGUUGGUUGGGCUCUCCAGCGACACCUUCUACCUAAACUUCUCCAACUGCAAGGUGGAAUCCGGCAGUCUUCUCUUCAAGGCACUCAUAGAGCCAGGCGUAAAACCACCGCCAGACUCCAAGGCGCUGAUGAUUGGUGGGAUAGCUGGCGGCGUGGUCGCCAGCGUGCUGGUGAUAGUCCUGGUGACGGUGUGCUGCGUCUGCAAGAAGCGAAGGCGAAAGCCCCCAAAUACGAACGACGCAGGAGGAGAUGGAGGCUUUCGGGGGCAGUACGAGGGCUUCGUGCCACGCGGGAUGCAGAGUAGACCGACGCGCAAGGCCAGUGACUCCUCCAUAUACGAGGUCAUACCCGACGAGGCUGUCUACAGCUUCCACCAAGCAGAAGACAAGAAUCCCCCGACCCCCAACGGACAGGAGCAUGUCCUCACCGAAAACGAGUUCUACCGCGCGUUCCACCACCUCUCGCCCCCGCCGCUGCCAAGCCGCAACACGCCGUCCACCUCCAUGGAGAUGGUGACCUACGACCUGCCCCCCACGGACGACCACGAGGACGACCGAGUGGACGAGGAGGAGCACGGGCGGCAGAAUCAGCAACUACGCCCCGGGGAACCCCUACACAACCAAGUAGGGAUUCCUGAAGCGACCGAUGAAGAAGCCGUACAGAAAUAGCAAUAUAGAGUGAAGGCCGACGUCUCUCCGAUGUGUGUCCAGGCUGUGCCGCGUGCUCUUCGGUAGGAUGGCCAACGUUUCGCUGCACGUGUUCCCGGAGAAGCUCCCAGCAACGUGGAACAAAAAUGUGAGACAUCGUGUGGAGCAAAGCGUCGGACGCACAACUGCAAAAACCUAAGCGUUUAGUAUCUCCAGACAGGUGCUGUGCUGCUCUCCUGGAGCGCACCUUCCAUGAAGGCUUUUUUUUUUUACAUGCCGUGUAUAAGUGAAGGAGAAUGGUGAGACGUUCUAUUCAGUUCCUAAAGCUCCCAGCACGUGGAGCAAAAUGUCGAACCUUGCGCUGAGCAUGUUGGUACAACCCGAAAACGCAUCGGAGAGUUAUACAGCACAAAAAUCCAUCGUGGAGAAAUGUGUGUCCCGUGUGUAAGCUACAAGACUGUUAUCAUCUUGACCCAGAGUAAUUUAAGGAAUGUGUUUAUUCGUUUUCCCAUAUUAACAGUUGAAAUAAUUGGCCAAACUUUCUCAAAACCCUCCACCUGUCUACCCAGGAGUAUAAAUGGGCACACGACAGUUCGUUGAUCGGGAAGCCGCGUGUGGUGGGGAAAAGUGUGGGUACACUGUCAUCUCUUCCAAGACAUCUGGCCAUUGUGGAAGAGGUCAACAAUAUCCUGGAGAGUGGCUCCAGUGAGCUCCUCUCGAGGUCAUUCCACCAGUGGUGUAAGAAAAUGCAGGGCUCCGCCUUUGUUUUUAAUGAAUACAAAAGUUUUAUUUUAAGUUAAAAACAUUCUCACAAUCUUUACACUUUUUUUAAAUUCCAAUGUACAGCAGAAACUCAAAGUAGGUAUAGACAAGGUUGAUUUGUUUACAAAGUGUCGUUUUAUCAUUUGAAAUGUGUACAUAAGAAACUGCGUUAGCAGAAUAGUAAUAAUGCGUCAACUUUGUGUGUGAAAAACUAGCACACCGUGUGCCUUCCUGUGUACGAGUUCCUCAUGGGAACUAUUUAAAAUGUCGUUUUGCUGCCGUGUUGUGAGUUUA